UCGGUGGCAGCGGGGCAUUAAUCGAGUGGGUGGGUGAAGCGGUGAGUGGGAGGAAACUCCCCCUGUGGGCGUUUCUUCUCCCCCCGCAGUCCGUAUUCCGACCGUAGCGGCGAUGAGCUGCGCGUUUUCCACGUUUUCCCUCCAGGGGCGAAGGGCUCGUUCGGAGUGAAACCGCCGGGGCCCGGGAUCCGCUCCCGCAGACGCGUCCGUGCGAGUCACCUGAAGCUUCGGCGCGAGAGCCGUUAGGCGUCAGGUGGAGAGACGAGCCUGCUCACGUAAAAGGAAAAAAGUUGUAUCCUGUCCCGGGACGGCACCGCAGCCACAGCCGGACCAGGGGACCCGUGCUGGCUCGACGUCGACCCCGCGUCCUCGGACCUACUUUAGCGGCCGACACAGUGUGCUCCCAGUCUGGAAGUCCAAGUAAGUUGAUGUAUUAGGACACGAUGUCGUCCCCCCGCUGCUUCCUGCUGCUGCUCUCCUGGAUCCUGCUGGUUCUGCUGGUCCCGUUUCCUCAGGCUCAGUCCAGACCGGCCACAGAGGACACAGACACAGCUGCCGCAGUAAAAUCCUCUGAAGAUGAAGAAGACGAUGAGUCAUCCUCAGAGGAAAACAAACUCUCCAAUGAAUUUUCAACAAGCAACGAAAAGCUCCAACCGCUGGCGCCUCAGUGGGUAAUUCCAGAGAAGAUGGAGAAGCAGCUCCACGCCGUUCCAGCCAGUAGGACUGUGAAGUUUCGAUGCCAAGCCACUGGAAACCCCCUUCCCUCUCUGCGCUGGUACAAGAACGGGAAGGAGUUCAGGAAAGACCAAAGAAUCGGAGGGUUCAAGAUCAGAGACCACAUGUGGACUCUCAUAAUGGAGUCAGUGGUUCCAUCUGAUAAAGGGAACUACACCUGUGUGGUGGAGAAUGAAUAUGGGAGCCUCAAACACACCUACCUGCUGGAUGUAGUUGAGCGUUCUCCUCACAGACCGAUCCUGCAGGCCGGUCUGCCGGCAAACCAAACCGCUGUAGUUGGUAGCGACGUGGAGUUUGUGUGUCGAGUGUUCAGCGACCCGCAGCCUCUCAUCCAGUGGCUCAAACACAUCGUUGUCAACGGCAGCAGAGUGGGACCGAACGGACACCCCUAUGUCCUCGUUCUCAAGACUGCAGGUUUGAACACAACAGAUAAAGAAAUGGAGGUUUUGGCUCUGAGGAACGUCACUCUGGAUGACGCCGGAGAGUACACCUGCCUAGCGGCAAACUCCAUCGGAGCCUCCUACCACACUGCAUGGCUCACUGUUGUGGACGACCUGCCCCCCUCCCCACUGCCCUCCCAGACCUACUUGGAGAUCUUCAUCUACUGCCUUGGGUUUUUCAUCAUCAUCAUCCUCACUGCCACAGCUGUCAUCUGCAGACUCUGCUGUGCCCCGAAGAAGAGCGACUUCAGCAGCCAGUUAACCGUCCAGAAAUUAGCCAAGAGCAUUCCUCUGAGGAGACAGGUGUCAGUUGAGUCCUCGUCCUCCCUGCAGUCAGGGAUGUGUUUGAUGCGUAAGUCUCGUCUCUCCAGUGCAGCCACCACCAUCCUGGCAGGAGUGUCAGAGUACGAGCUUCCCUACGAUCCCGCCUGGGAGCUGCCUCGGGAUCGGCUGACACUGGGGAAGCCCCUGGGAGAAGGCUGUUUUGGUCAGGUGGUGCUGGCUGAGGCUGUGGGCAUCGACAGAAAUAAACCAACCCGCCUCUCCAAAGUGGCUGUGAAGAUGCUCAAAGCCGACGCCACAGAGAAGGACCUGUCGGACCUGAUCUCUGAAAUGGAAAUGAUGAAGAUGAUCGGUAAACACAAGAACAUCAUCAACCUGCUGGGAGCCUGCACGCAGGACGGCCCGCUGUACGUGGUGGUGGAGUACGCCUCACAGGGGAAUCUGAGGGAGUACCUCCGCGCCCGGCGACCGGUCGGGCUGGAGUACUGGAGCGGCUCGAGGCAGGCUUCGCUGGGCACUUUAGAGAUCAGGGAGCUGGUGUCUGCCGCGUACCAGGUGGCCAGAGGAAUGGCGUACCUCGCUUCAAAGAAGUGUAUCCACAGGGACCUGGCGGCCAGAAAUGUGCUGGUCACAGAAGAUAACGUGAUGAAGAUAGCGGACUUCGGUCUGGCGCGAGACAUCCACCACAUCGACUACUACAAGAAGACCACUAAUGGUCGUCUGCCGGUGAAGUGGAUGGCACCGGAGGCCUUGUUUGACCGCAUCUAUACACACCAGAGCGACGUGUGGUCGUUCGGAGUCUUGUUGUGGGAAAUUUUCACCCUCGGGGGGUCUCCUUACCCUGGCGUCCCUGUGGAGGAGCUCUUCAAGCUGCUGAAGGAGGGACACCGGAUGGAAAAACCCUCCGCAUGCACUCAGGAGCUGUACCUGAUGAUGAGAGACUGCUGGCAUGCUGUCCCAUCCCGCAGACCCACUUUCCCACAGCUGGUGGAAGACUUAGACCGCACACUUUCUCUCAUGGCAAACCAGGAGUACCUGGACCUCGCCGUUCCUCUGGUCCAGUACGCUCUGGUCGGCUCCUUUGCUUCGGCUCAUUCCCGUAGCUCCACAUAAGCGUCCCGGGACCAUUUCCCUUCCUGCUUCACCUUUAUCCCGUUUCCUGUGCUGUGCGGGGGGGCGGCGGCGGCGGCGGCGGCAGAAGUCCCAGAAGAAGCCGGGCAGAGGAGCUCAGAAGAGCUGCUUCACCGUCGUCUAUCACGGCAGCCUGAUGUGAAGAACAGCUGGACCGAGCUGGACCGUGUGACUCCCCAGCAAGGCCUCAGGAAGCAGCUCACACACUGCGACACACACCAUCUCAUUCAUACACGGUGAACAGGCCGAGUUCACCCACUGAUAGAGGACUGUGAGAGCUGGGUUUUGUUCCCGUACUGCCCAUUGCAACAGUGCUUCGGUUAUGUUGGUAAUAAUAAUGUUCUCAUUGUGAAUAUUGUAAAUAAUAGUUUGUGUUAUAUGGAAGACCAAACUGGAUUUAUUAGAGAAAUGGGACAUGAAAGAGAUAAUAAAGGGAGAAACAGAUAUCAGAAACGAAGUGAAUGAAUAAAAUACACAAAAUUCAGAAACAGAUCUAUAAAUAUUCAAGAAGGAUAAAUUUGUUCACGUUACCGUUGAAUUCGGAUUGAUUUCUCCAUCAGCCAUAAUCCCUCCAGGAAUAAAUGACUUCUGAUUUAUAGACUUGAUUUCUCGUGCAUUUUAUUCAUUCCUCUAUUUUCAUGCAUUUUUCUCGCAUCAGGCUUGGUCCUCCACAUUAACGUCACGUUGCCAAAGAUGAUGCCAGUGCUACAGUUCGACGUUGCACUUAACCCUCCAGCCGAUCACAGCCGGCAGUUACAGAACAUGCCUCUAGUUGAAUGUGUAUGAUAACUGAUUAACGGUAUUAAAAUCCUUUUGAAUUUUUAA